UGUCUGUGAUGAAGAAUAGCUGGGUGGUUGGUUCACGUGCAUCAAACAAAACACAGACGUAAGGUUGAUUUUCCUGCAGUUUUACAGUCUCGUGCGACAGCAGUGCAGCUCGAGCCCCUUAACGGCAUCUGUUUUUGUUUUUUCAUCUACAAAAGGUGGACGACGUCUGCUGAGAAAUGGCAGAGGGAGGCUUUGACCCUUGUGAGUGCAUUUGCACCCAUGAAUAUGUGAUGAGGCGCCUCAUCAACCUGCUUAGGCAUUCUCAGUUCUACUGCACAGACACAGAAUGCCCCCAGGAAUUGCCAGGUCCCAGUGUGCCAGUCGGUGGGUUUGGAGAACUGAGCCUCCCCAUGAUUGUGAUGGGGUGGAUGGUGCUCGCUCUGCUCCUGUACCUGCUGCGCCCAUCUAGUCUCAGAGGUUCCAGUCAAACAGACAAACCUACUGGACCCCACAAUAGUGACAGAAGAGAACCUCCAACACCACCCAUUGACUAGCAGCAGACCCAGACAGGAACACCUAAGACACUUGGAGCUGCACAGUGAGGAAGUUACUGUGACCAGUGACCAUCCCCUUGCUAAGCUUUAUCCAAAUAGGUUUCUUUUUUUUUCUUUUCCUCAUUGGGCUGGAUCAGUCAGUGAUUUCUAUCUUGAGAGUCCAGAUAGUGAUAAUGAUAUGUACAUAAACAUAUCAUGUUAACUUUCCUGGCAUUCCUUGCUCUGAUUUUUUACAAAUACACAUAAUUUGGCUUUUAAAAACAUAGUCAACUCUUUCACAUACACGAAACCUCCACAAAAAUAACCCUGAAAAUGUUUUGUAUUCCCAUAAGCCAGUAAUAUCCUCAUGUUGAUCCAUCAGAUGGGGGUUCACUAUGUUUUAAAUCAGAGGUCUGAUGUCUUCUGUGUUAGUUAACUGAUCAAGCUUUGGUGCAGACUGACUGACAGAAACACCAAAUGAAGGGAUGUGUUGCAAGGGUUUAGGCAGAGGGGAGGAGUAGCAGGGAGUUCCCUUUCGUGGAACUCAAAAUGUUGUUUGUGUGUUUGUUGAGUAAUGAAGGGUUGUGGUUUCCUCCCCUUUAAAUAAAAACGCUAAACAGUGCCAGUAAUGAUGUCAUAUUACAAAAUAUUUUAAUAGUAUGUUUCAGCAGAGAGAUUAUGUUCAAUCUGAAAACAAAAUUUUCACUUCAUGCCAAGCAAGUUUCACUAAUAUUGACAUAAUAAAAUCAGAUACCGCAAUUAUUUUGUAUUUCAAGAUGAAAGUGGAAUAUUGUGAAAUGACGUAAGAGUAGCCUAGAUUUCUAUUUUUAAAGCACCUUUUGAUGUAGGGUGAAUCUUUUCUGAUGAUUUGAUGUGCAAAUUCAGCUCUUUAGAUGAUAGUUUUUGUCUUUUCUUUCUUAAAAUCACAGCAAUCUUUUUGUAAACAUGAGCAAACCAAGGUUUCUUUUUCACAACUUCUGUACAGGGAUUUGUUUUAUAAACCAAAAGGAACGGAGCAAAAAAGUUGCUGUUAUAACCAGUGCCAAUGUGUAUCCGUAGUACUAGAUCUCAGUUCCCAUGUGGAGGAUGUCUUGUAAAAGAAUAGCAAUUUAUUUUUCUCAUUCUCAAGUUGUGAUGGGAUGAGGAGGAUCUCAGCAGAUGUUUCUAUCAUGUUUUCUCAUACUGUGGUUAACAAUGCAAUCUUGUUUCCAUUAUUAGUAGUUUAUCGUCGCCAUUAAGAGCUGUGCUAACAAUAGACCAUUUUAAUGUUUGCCCCUGAAUUGCAGUAUAAGAUAAUGGAUUUUCUCAUUCUUUCCAUGCCCUCAUGGAGCUACCUUUUUGUAGGACUUUACUCAUUCUUGAUAGUGAUAUGGGAAGUGAAAUGACUAAUUCUUCAAAAGAAGGGUCCUUUUUGAAUACAUUAUUUUAGCAAUUCAGAGCCUGGAUCGGCUCUGUGACGUGUGAGCUCAGUUCAUUCCAACAAUCUUAACGGGCUGCUCUUCAUUUCCACAUCAUCAAAUGUCAUGAAAUAUUUUUAACUUCAACUCUCUGUAUUUUCUAUUGAAGAUGACAGGGAAGAAACAAAGGGAUAAAUACUGAAGUAAACCAUAAGUAGCUUUGUGAAAUUAACAGGAAGCCAUACUAGAUGGUUGGGAUGAUCAGCUUGGAGACUGUGAUUUACACUGUUACUGUAUAUGAGAAAAAGGGCUUCAACUAUGCACUUUUCCUACAACAACAACAACAAUAAAUGAAUAAAUAAAAAUAAUUCA